CAAAUCCAUCGUUCCUGCCUCUUCCACUUAGACGACUUCCUCGUUUCCCGCUUCUAGCCACAUCCCCAGCCCAAGUCUGAAUGAUUGGUGCAGCAUUGCCCCCUCCGUACUGCCCUGUCUUCUUGCUGCGCUGCCGCCAUUUUCUCUCCCUGGACCCGUGCCCCUUUUUUUUUCUCCAGCUCUUACUCUCUUCCUCUUCCGUGUUGAUCUGUUUCACUCGUGUUUGGCGUUUGGAAUAAGCCGUCCCCGAACGGCGUUUCGCUGUCAAGCACACCGACACUGUCUCCUAGCUCCGCUGUAACUUAAUUACUCUGAUUGACUGACCUUACCUCCUUGCACUCGGCACAACAACCAGAGAAAACUCCAUUGCUGUGCGCGCUAACUGCGCGUCGCAUCUGCACCUGCAUUGGAGGUAAACUCCAAUCUCUACACGCGUUCCUCUCCUCUCCACGUCAGCCCCGACCAAUCCCCACCUCGCGUUCUCGGCGAAUCAUCGCUGGAAUUUCCGGAGGCGCGUCCCGGCGCGUCGCGUCGCGUCACAAGCGGCAGCAAGCCGUGUAUGGCUGCUAAUGUAUCUCCGUGGAGGAGCAGUAAGCCUUGAAGACCCUGGAAACAGAAUCCGGGAGUUCCUGCGACUGGCGUGUGCCAGCACGCGUAAAUAAUCCGCGGUGACCGGUGGCAACGUUGCAACUAACGCGACAUUCGGAGCACAUCCUGACCACAUUCCGAGCACAUUUAAGCGCAUUUUAAGCAUAUUCCGAGCUUCCCGAGCAAGAGGAUAGGGAGACGAAGUUGGCGGAAUGGCGUCUGACAUGGACUGCCCGUGCGAGCGGCUGGUGGUGGCGGUGGGCAAGGACAACGCGUCGAAAGAGGCCAUCCGGUGGGCCGUCGCCAACAAGAUUCGCUCUUCCAACGACGUCCUCAUCCUGCUCCACGUCGUCUCCCGGCUGCCGGGACCAAUGGGCACGGAGAUAUACCAGAGCGAGGUGAACAACACGCUGUUCGUGCACUACGUGCGCACCGUAGUGCAGCCCAUGAUGUCGCUCCUCAAGUCCUCCAUCAGCGCGCAUGUGAACGUGCAGAUGAAGCUGGCGCGCCACAACCACCGCGACAAGGGGACCAUGGAGGAGGCGCGCAACCUCGGCGCCACCACGCUCGUCGUCGGUAGCAAUGGCCGCUCCUCCCUCUUCUCCAUGAAGCCCAAGAUAUCCGCAUUGGGGCAGUACUGUGCCAAGUACCGCCCGUACGGCAUGGCGGUGAGCGUGGUCGAGAAGGGCGGAAAGGUCGUGCUCUCCAAGGACGCCGACGCACCCUCCUCCGUCUCCAACAGCGGCAGCCCAGCUUCCUCUGGCCGAGCCUCGGGCCAGAUCAGCCCGGGCCAGUCCGGGAGGUUCCAGCGCAAGGGCGGGGGAGGGUCAGGGCCGGGGUCGGGCGCGGGGACUGGGGCGAGUACCCCGAAUAGCAUGGACGGCGGUGGGGGGUUUCCCAGGCGGGGGGGGAGUGUUGCUGGGAUGAGCGGAAUGGGUGGCGGCGGUGGAGGUAGUUUUGGUGGGCGGAGUAAUAGUGGUGGUGUUGGUGGUGGGGUUGGUGGGGGUGGGGGUGGUGUGACGCCGGAGGUGUCUGGAGUGUUGGAGCCGACCUACAGUGGGACGUUCAGUGACGGGGUCGAAGGCCAAGCGCAAGCCCUGGACCCUCUCCGCACCUCCCCCGCGCGCGCCCUCAACCCUGACCCCCGCUCCAACCCCAACCGCCUUCUCCUCGCCUCAGACGUCCGCUCCUCCCCCUCUCGCGCCGCCAUGCCCACUCCCCCCUCCGCUCUCUCCGCCCUCGACUCCUCCGCGCCCCUCCUGCGCCCCUCUGGCCUAGGCCCGCGCGGGUCCAUGAACGAGCGGGUGCUGGGGGGAGUGGGGGGGCUAUCAAUGGGGGGCAAUGGCAGCGGCACCUUGCAGCCUGUGUACGGCACCCAGCCGGGUGGCGGUGGGGGUGGGGGGCCAGUGGGAAUGAGCUCGUCAGGCUCCCCUAGCACCAGUGGGUCGACUAAUCUCCUCAUGACGGGCCGCCGCUUCCCCCGUGCGGGCUCUUCUGACUCCUCGCCCACCUCCUCCACCUCCUCCCCCAAUUGGAACCGCCCCGGUGCUCCGGGCGGCGGCACUUCCUCUGCUGCCGCAGCAGCCGCUGCCGCUGCAAAUCUCCAGCAGGGGCAGGGGGUGGGGGGCCCACAGGACGCAGUGGCAGUGGGGCUGGCAGCCGGGCUGCAGGGAGAGGCGCUGGAGGAUUUUGUGGCGUGGAGGAGAGGCAACCCCAUGGCGACGUACGCGCAGCAGCAGGAGUACAUCCUGGAGGCGCAGCGGCGCAUGGCGACUGGUGGCGCGGGGAUGAUGGCGAUGAUGCAGCAGCAGCAGCAGCAGCAGUGGAAGGGCCAGGUGCCGGGGCUCAUGUCUAUGAACUCUCUGGGGUCUGGGGCCUCUGCUGAUGAAGGCAAUGACGAUCUGCGGAAGGAGCUAGAGCGUAUGCGUCUGCGCGCAGCAGAGGCCGAGCGCGCGCAAGCCGAAGCCGAGCUGCGCGCGCAACGCCUCAUGAUGGAGGCCGAAACCUCCGUGCGUGCAGUCGAGGCCCAGCAGCGGCAGAAGGAGCUGGAGACCGCAGCACGCAUGGAGCAAGCCGCCUUAGAAGCGAUGACCGCACAGGCUGCGGCCGAGCAGGCGCGACGGGCUACCGAGGCAGAGGUGCUGCGGAAGGCCGCAGCGAGGAAGGAGGCCGCGGCGAAGGUGGCGGAGCUGGAGGUGCAGGCGAAGAGACGGAAGGAGGCGGAGUUACGGGCGCUGAAUGGAUCCAUGGGGGGGAACUCUGUGGGGAGCAGCGGGAGCAAUGGGAAGGGCGGGGGAGGAAGUGGGUCGGGGGGAGAGGGAGCGGGAGGGAGUGGGGAGGGUGGGGAGCAGAAGCAGCAGGGGUCUGGGGGGAGUGCGGUGGGGAGUGGGUCGGGAAGUCCUGUGAUGCAGGAGGGGCCGUUUGUGGAGCACACGUGGGAAGAAAUGAAGGCGUGCACGGACAACUUCAGUGAUGCGCGCAAGAUCGGCGAGGGCGGGUUUGGGACGGUGUUCCUGGGCACGCUGCACCACACGCCCGUGGCCGUGAAGGUGCUCAAGAGCCGCGACCACCACAAAGUGCAGAACGAGUUCCGCCAGGAGGUGGCGGUGCUGAGUCGCAUCCAGCACCCGCAUGUGGUGAUGCUGCUGGCGUGCUGCUCUUCGCACUUCUGCCUCAUCUACGAGUACAUGGCGGGCGGCAGCCUGGACGAGCGCCUGCGCUGUGCCAAGGGCUGCUCCCCCCUCCUCUGGCACUCACGUCUCCGCAUCGCAGCAGAAGUCGCCUCGGCGCUCCUCGUCCUCCACAACCGCCCCGUGCCCAUCGUCCACCGCGACUUAAAGCCCGCCAACAUCCUCCUGGAUAAGAACCUAGUGGCCAAGCUCGCGGACGUCGGGCUCGCGCGGCUCAUGCCGGCCGCCGACGACUCGUCCGGCAACGGCAACGCGGUCAUGCGGACGUACGCAAGGGAAUCAGUAGCCGUGGGGACCUUUGCCUACAUGGACCCGGAAUUCCAACGCACUGGGGAGUACGGGCCGAAGUCCGACGUCUACGCGCUGGGGAUCGUCCUCCUGGAUUUGCUCACUGGCCUCCGCCCUAACGCGUUCGAGGGGCUGGAGGAUGCGGUGGACGACGAGGACGAGGACGCACUCGCAGCUCUCCUCGACAAGACCGCGGGCGACUGGCCGGUGCCCCUCGCGAUGGAGAUUGCCAAGAUGGCGCUCAAGUGCUCGGAGAUGCGGCGGAGGAGCCGGCCGGACCUGGCGACGGUGGUGAUGCCGGUGCUGGAGAAGGCGAGGGAGAUUGCAAGCAAAGUGGAGGAGGAGGUCGAAGCCGCGCCCUGGAAGGCGGGGAGUAUGCCCAGCCCCAGGAAGGCUGCUAGCUGCUUCUUUUGUCCGUUGACCAAGGAGGUGAUGCAGGACCCGGUGCUGGCAGCGGACGGGCACACGUACGAGCGCGCGGCCAUCGCCAAGUGGCUGGCGGAGGGCAACAGCACAUCGCCCAUGACCCAAGAGCUGCUGCCCAACACUGACGUCAUGCCCAACCAUGCCAUCCGCGCCAUGAUCACCGAGUGGCGCGACGGCAAGUAGAGGGGCGGCAAGUAGGUGGGAGGGGGGCACAGGGUAAGGUGGAAGGCGGAAGGGGGAUGGAGGAAGAGGAUGAGGGAUGAUGGGUGGGGGGUGGGUGGUGGGUUGAGGAAGAGAGUAGGGAAGGGGGAUUUUUAAGAGAUGUGGGAAGGGAGGAGGGUGAAGGGGAAAGGGAGCGGGUGAGAGGGGGAAGGGGUGGCAGAAGGGAGGGGUUGAUGGGAUAAGGGACAAAGGGGAGGAGGAGAAAGAGUUCGGGAGUGGGGGGGGAGGAGGGGAGGAGAGGAUUAGGUGGCAACUGAAAGUAGUACCAUGGAGGGAUUGAGAAAGGUUCUAUUUGAUUGUGCCAUCUUGUCUUUACUACUGUCUCAGCUCGUAGUGCUGCCCUGUGAUGCUGCUCAGCAGAACUAGACCUGCGAUGGUAUUUAUGUAACAUGCUUUGUUGAAUAUACUGUUCAUCUGUGU